AAUCAAUGAGUUGACACUCCUACAAUAAUUAUGUUCUCUAUUAUCUCCAUGUUAAUUCAUUAAUAAGUAUUGAUCGUCAACAUCAACACGAAACACCAACACCAACACCAACGCCGCCGUUGAAAGUUAAGUCAUGGCAAGGUUGAGGACUGAUAAUCCCACAUCUCGCCGUAUUGUUCGUGCUUUCUUGGAUUUUCUUCAUUCUGUUGAUCCUGCCCCUGGUGUUGAUCAUGAGGGUCUUGAAGUUGCCAAAGAUUGCUUAACAGAAGUUUUCGGACUUCAUCAGUUACCUGAGACUGAGCAACCAGAACCUAAUCUAUUGUUAAAUAUUUUUAGUUCAGAGAACGAAAGUCCUGAAACUGAACCCAAAACGAGCCAUAAUGAGGAGGCCCAGACUGGGCCAUCAACACAAAACUCUGCUACGGGCGAUUUACCUGGAACGUCAAAAGUUAAGGGUGAUGUUGGAGUGGAAGAAAAUAAUGGUACAGGGUUGUCUAAAGAUGAAAUUUUUGGGCAAUUUUUCGACGCGUUGGAGAAAAUUCGCUUCUUUAGGAUAACAUCAAGUGGAGAUGAUGACCAUGUUUUGCUGGAUAGAGCAACAUGUUUAUUCCAUGAUGCUGUUAACGAGAUAGAAAGAUCAGGAUGUACAAUACUUAAUCGAAAAAACUUGGCUGAUGCUUUGAAAGUAUUAGGCAACAAAGCAAUGGAAUCUAAUUAUGCGGAUGCUAUUGAGCGAUAUACUUGUGCUAUUGCACUUUUUGAAAAUGCAGUCUACUACUGUAAUAGGGCAGCUGCUUAUACUCAGAUGCACAAAUAUGAUGAAGCCAUUAAAGAUUGUCUCAAGGCCAUUGAAAUUGACCCAAAUUAUGGUAAGGCGUACAGUCGAUUGGGUCUUGCUUACUAUGCCCAGGGAAAGUAUAGUGAUGCAAUCAAUAAAGGUUUUAGAAAAGCAUUGGAAUUGGAUCCGAAUAAUGAUGCUGUCAAAGAAAAUAUUCGGGUAGCGGAGCAGAAAUUGAAUGAAGAACAAGAGCAAAGACGUGGGAAUCAGGAUUCAAGGAACCAUUAUAGCGGAACAUCGGGAAACCAGAGUGCACCUCAUCCAUUUGCUUCCUUUUCAUUUGAUCCUAGUACAAUUCCUGCCAAUUUCGCAAGCAUGUUCAGCAACAUGGCAGGAAGUGAAUCACACAACCAGAACGGCCAGGGCAGGCCGGCAGGUAAUCAGGAAACACAUAUCCCAUUUGUAUCUAGUACUAAUGCUAUUCCGGCAGAUAUUGCUAGCAUGUUCAUGAACACGACAGGAAAUGGUACAUUUCAAGGGCAGGGUGCUCAGAGUGAGCAAAAUGGUGAAAAUGGAGCUCAUCCAUUCUCAAAUUUUGCAAGUAUGUUCAUGAAUAUGGCCGGAAAUGGAUCUCAAGGACAAAAUACUCAGGGCCAACCUCAAGGAAGAAACAAUGCACGUGAUGAUCCAGGGAUAGGACUCGGAGGUGGCACAAGCUUUAGUUUCAACUUUAACGAUGUAGCACCCGAGGAAUUAAAUAGGACAGUCCGCUCAAUGAUGGGAAUGUUCUCUAGAGAACCUCAAGGAGAUCAACAGAAUAAUAAUGGUGAUGGAAGAUCUGCCUCAAGAUAAACUACUGGAAAUCUCUCGGUUUUGGUCAUUUCCAAUUCUCGAUCAUUUUCGAAGUUGCACAACUAGUAUACGUUACCUCUAAUCCUUUUCAAUCAUUUGUACAUAUGAUUAUUGUCUAUUGUAGUUUGUACGAGUUUUGUACAUUGCUGAUUAAAACAAAAAACUGUGGAAAAUCAUAGCAUGAUGAAUUAUGCUCUUGUUUACAUACUCUACUUAGUAGUUGAACUGUAAAACAGAAAACAAAAGGGUCAGCUUGUUUGUGAGCCUCAAAUAACUCUGCAAGUUGUCAGACCGAGUUAAUAUGAUAAGUGACCUGUUCUCAUCC